UUCUUCACUCGGUGCGCAAAUGGCAUAAAGCCAACAAAAGCUCCAUAUCUCCUCGGAUCUUCUUUCUCUAAUUCUCUCUUCCCAAAACAAAAACUUCGAAGAAAAGCGAGGGUUUCUUCUUUGGAGAAUCACAACGCAAAGCGAGAAUCAAAGCCUCGUGUCCUCAGAUCUGAUCUACGGCGAUCUGAAUCGAUUCGUUGAUAUUGGAUGUAUGUGCCAAGAGUAGAAUAGAUCCACUGCCAGUACUUUCUUCAAACACUUGGUGCGCGUUAUUUUUGUCGAUUACGAUGGGAUUUUCGAGUUCGAGAUGGCCCUUAAUCCGCAGGGCUUUUGUGUUUUUGGUCCUGUUUGCACACGCUUGUCAUGGGUUUUAUCUCCCAGGAAGCUACAUGCACACAUAUUCCAAAGGUGAUGCCAUAUUUGCCAAAGUUAAUUCCUUGACCUCCAUUGAAACUGAGCUUCCAUUUAGCUACUACAGUCUUCCUUACUGCAAGCCCAGUGGUGGUAUCAAGAAAAGCGCUGAGAAUCUCGGCGAACUUCUUAUGGGAGAUCAAAUCGACAACUCCCCUUAUCGUUUCCGAAUGAACAUGAAUGAGACUGUGUACCUCUGUACCACUAGCCGUUUGAAUGAGAAUGAGGUCAAGCUCUUGAAACAGAGAACCCGUGAUUUGUACCAGGUCAAUAUGAUCCUGGAUAAUUUGCCUGCGAUGAGGUAUGCCCAGCAAAAUGGCGUGAACAUUCAGUGGACCGGGUUUCCUGUUGGGUAUACUCCGCCAAACAGUAAUGAUGAUUACAUUAUCAACCAUCUGAGGUUCAGAGUCUUGAUUCAUGAGUAUGAAGGGAGUGGUGUGGAGAUAAUUGGAACUGGGGAAGAAGGUAUGGGUGUUAUUUCUGAAGCCGAUAAGUCGAAGGCUUCUGGAUUCGAGAUAGUGGGGUUUGAGGUCUACCCCUGCAGUGUGAAAUAUGACCCUGAAGCUAUGUUGAAACUCCAUAUGUAUGACAGCAUAAGUGCUGUAAGCUGCCCUGGGGAUCUUGACAAGUCUCAAAUAAUUCGGGAGCAGGAAAGAGUAUCAUUCACUUACGAGGUUGAAUUUGUAAAAAGUGAUAUAAGAUGGCCAUCACGAUGGGAUGCUUAUUUGAGGAUGGAGGGUGCCCGUGUGCAUUGGUUUUCUAUUCUGAAUUCGCUGAUGGUAAUUACUUUCCUUGCUGGUAUUGUUUUUGUUAUUUUCCUGAGGACUGUAAGAAGAGAUUUGACAAAGUACGAAGAAUUGGACAAAGAAGCUCAAGCUCAGAUGAAUGAGGAGCUUUCUGGGUGGAAGCUUGUUGUAGGAGAUGUUUUCAGAGAACCAGAGUGCUCAAAACUUCUCUGUGUGAUGGUUGGGGAUGGGGUUCAGAUUACCGGGAUGGCAGUUGUUACAAUUAUUUUUGCAGCCUUUGGUUUUAUGUCACCAGCUUCACGAGGAAUGCUAUUAACAGGAAUGAUUAUUCUCUAUCUUUUCCUGGGAAUAGCUGCUGGUUAUGUUGCUGUACGUAUGUGGAGAACUAUCAAAGGAACUUCAGAGGGAUGGAGGUCGGUUUCCUGGUCUGUUGCAUGCUUCUUCCCUGGAAUUGCCUUUGUCAUCCUUACAAUACUCAAUUUCAUACUCUGGGCUAACAACAGUACUGGUGCCAUUCCAAUUUCCUUGUACUUUGUGCUCCUUGUUCUCUGGUUCUGCAUUUCAGUCCCCCUAACUUUACUGGGAGGAUUCUUCGGAACGCGGGCUGAGGAAAUUCAGUAUCCUGUUAGAACCAACCAGAUCCCGAGAGAAAUUCCUGCGCGGAAAUAUCCGUCAUGGAUCCUUGUCCUUGGUGCAGGCACCCUUCCGUUUGGAACCCUCUUCAUUGAACUUUUCUUCAUCCUUUCCAGCAUCUGGCUUGGGAGGUUCUACUACGUCUUUGGCUUCCUGUUGAUAGUUCUUCUAUUGCUGGUUAUUGUCUGCGCCGAGGUGUCAGUAGUCCUCACCUACAUGCAUCUCUGCGUGGAGGAUUGGCGCUGGUGGUGGAAGGCCUUCUUCGCUUCGGGUUCAGUUGCCCUUUAUGUGUUCUUGUACUCUAUCAACUACUUGGUUUUUGACCUCCAGAGUUUGAGUGGGCCUGUCUCAGCUGUUCUUUACCUUGGCUAUUCCCUUUUGAUGGCAGUGGCGAUCAUGUUGUCGACGGGUACCAUUGGAUUCCUCACGUCCUUCUACUUUGUUCACUACCUAUUCUCAUCCGUGAAGAUCGAUUAGAAAGUUCCCGUUGUUCAUCAACCAGGCGGAGAAGGUUCUCCUUACAUAGAAAGAAAGACUUGAAUCUUUUUAGUUUUUACUUUGUUGCAACUGAAAGAUAAUUGUGCAAGGCAUAUUAGGAAGCUGUCAAUGAUAUUGCUUUAGGGCCUAUCAUUUGUUCUACGCUUCACGAGAGAACUUUGUUUUUAUCAUUUGUUGUCAUUAUCUGCGGCAUAAUUUCGUCUUCACCUCUCUAUCCCAUUCUUUAGGGUCUCUUUUCAUAGCUAGUGUUGAGCCCCCAUUUGGUUUAAGGAAUUUGUUAUUUGGUUGGACCUUCCAUCCUUGUAUUCUCUUAAAAAGAAUCAAAAUAGACGUGCUUUGUUUUCCGACUGGUUGAUUA